AUGGCCAAAUUGAGCUUCCUCCUUGGGGUGGCCAUGAGGCUCAGCUGUGGAGACAAGGUGAGGAUCUCCGUCAUCCAGGGGGAGCUCAGGGUGGAGCUGCUGCACCUCUGCAUCCAAAAGACAUUUAAUUUGAAAGCACGUCUUUGUUUGUCUGCACAGUGUGUCCCACCUCUUGAAGUGAAAGACCUGUUUCAGGACAUUAAGGAUGGUGUGAUGCUGCUGGCUCUCCUGGAAGUCCUCUCUGGACAAAAACUGCCCUGUGAGCAGGGCAAGAAGCUAAAGAGGAUCCACUGGGUCGCCAACAUCGGUACAGCUCUUAAGUUCCUCGAGGGUAGGAAGUCUGCCUACAGAGGAUCUCCGAUCAAGUUGGUGAACAUAAACUCCACAGACAUUGUGGAUGGACGGCCAUCAAUUGUUCUGGGGUUGGUGUGGACGAUCAUCCUCUAUUUUCAGAUUGAAGAGCUAACCAGCAGCCUACCAGAACUCCAGGCCUCGUCUAGCAGCACCUCCUCUGUAGACAGCUCCACCAGCAGCAUUGACACCACCAGCCCUCCUGUCAAAAGGAAACCUCUGCCUCCUCUGCAGGGUGGAGCCAGGAAGGCCCUGCUGAGAUGGGUUCAGCAGACAGCGACCAAACGUUUAGGGCUUGAGGUGAAGGACUUUGGACCCAGCUGGCGCACCGGUUUAGCGUUUUUUGCCGUUAUCAAUGCCCUCCGGCCUAACCUGGUCGACAUGGAGCAGAUAUGGAGGAGGCCAAAUCGAGAAAAUCUGCACGAAGCCUUCAAGUUGGCUGAGACCGAGUUAGGCAUUCCUCAGCUUCUUGAUCCAGAAGAUGUGGAUGUGGACAAGCCGGAUGAGAAAUCUGUUAUGACGUACGUCGCCCAGUUCUUGAGGCAUCAUUCUGACCGAAAGCAGAGCGACUCGGAGGGGCGGCAUGACGAAGAGAGAGAGCAGCGAAAGAGCCUGAGGGAGCUCAGAACGUGGCUCGACCAGCUGGAGAGUGAAGCAGCGCGGGCGCAGGAGACCGAGGCCAAUCUUGCUCAACAGUACCAGCUGUUUAAGAGCCUGCACGUCCAGGUGGAGAUGAGGCGGAAACAGGUGGAGGGGGCUUUCCAGUCGACACAGAGAGACGGAAUGCUGACGGUGGACCAGGCUCUGGUUAAACAGGCAUGGGAAAGAGUUUCCAACAGGCUUGUAGACUGGCACCUUCAGCUGGACCGGUCCCUCCCAGCUCCUCUGGACACAGUCGGAGCAUGGCUGCACGAGGCUGAAGGAGCCCUGCGACAUGAGAUCGUCGUCCAGCAGGCUCAUGAUAUCACAGCAAAUACUGUACACAGAGCUCUGGAGCAGCACAAGGAUGUGUUGAAGAGCCUGGAGAGUCACCAGCAGGUCUUUCAGAGAAUUCAUAAAGACAGAAGUGUUGAUGGCGUCCCUGUUCCACCUGACCAGCUCCAAGACAUGGCUGAGCGGAUGAACUUUGUUUCUACGUCCUCCAGCGUCCACCUGGCAAGAAUGGAAUAUCUGGAGAACAAACACCACAUGCAGGCCUUCCUCACACUGGUCGAGUCCAAACUGAAAUCCUGGAUCAUCAAAUAUGGCCGCCAUGAAUCAGUGGAACUGAUGCUCAACAACUAUAUUGAGUUGUUGAACCAGCAGCAGAGCUGUAAGCGAUGUGUGUCUGUGGUUGAGAGGAACCACUACACCCUGCAGAGAAUGCUCACCAACAGUAAGGUGCUCCGAAACUUCGAUCUGUUACUGCUGCAGAAGAGAGUUGCAGAAAUACAAGGAUCUUUACAGGCUUUGCUGAAGGAGGUGGGAGAGCGGAGGAGGCAGGAGGAGGCCAAUAACUGCCUGAGGAGGAGGUUUGAGGAAUCGCGGCAGGAGCUGGAGAGAGUGCUGAAGAAAGCUCAGGGCUGCUUGAAAGAAACUGGAGACGCUGAGGAAUUACUUAAAAAGCACUCAGAUUUUUUUGGCCAGGUGGACCAGCGCGUGCUCAGCAUGUUCUUGAAGGCGUGCGAUGAGCUGACAGACAUCCUCCCUCAAGAGGAGCAAGAGGGGCUGCAGGAAACUGUCCGCAGGCUGCACAAACACUGGAAGGACCUGCAGGCUGAGGUACCGUCUCACCUGCUUCACCUAAAAGUGGACGUGGAGAGAAAUCGAGUGGCCCUGAUCCUCCGGGACUGCAGAGAGGAGCUGGACAGAGAAAUCCAAGCCCUGUCAGGCACUUGCACCAGCGAGCGAGUGAUCAAAGAGCACAACACUUUCUUCAAAGAACGCAAACCUUUGACUCUAUGUGAGAAAAGAAUUAGAAAUAUGGAGGAUCUGUGCCAAAAGUUACCUGACAAUGAUGCAGCUUAUCGUAUACUUGACUCCACAAGAAUGGACGUAGAGGAGGUUAAAGAGCAAAUAAAGAUCACCCAUCUCAAACUGGAACAGCAUCCUGACAAAUGGAAAGAGUGGAAUGAAAGGUUCUGUGAACUUUCUGACUGGCUGUCAUCUCAGAAAGCGCAGGUGAUGCUUUUGAGAGAGUCUCCGAUGAAUUCUCGUCAUCAGGAGCACGUUGAUGCUGCCGUUCAAGGACUACAGCAGGCGGUAAAUGCCCGAGAAGGGAGUCUACUAUGGCUGAAGAGUCGCCUGGCCGGGCUCUCAGAGGUCAGCCCUGAAGUGGAAGUGCAGAGACAAAGAGCAGCGCUUGCCAAACUUUCAACUGACCUGCGAGCACUCUUAUCUUCACUCUGCCAGUUGGGAGAAGAAGGCACUCCUAUGUUCCAGUAUGAGGAGCUGAGGGAUAACGUGCGCGGUGCCCUGGAGGAAGUUUUAAAGACUGAAAAGGAGGCUGAGGAGCAAAUGAGCAGAAUUCUGAAUGCUGAGAGCCUGGAGGAGGCUAAACAACUGUACCUUAUUCACCAGCAACACCUGCAGCGGCUGGAUGCUAACAGGAAGGAGGCGGAGGUGCUGGUGUCUCACUGCCACCAGCUGCAGACAGGUGAGGAGCUGAGUCAGCAUCUCCAAGAGCUGGAGGGAGCCUUCAGCGCAGUUGACUUCCAGUCUGGAGCAACAGAGCACAACCUGCAGGAAACUCUGAGUUCUUGGCAAAAUUUUGAGAUGGAAAGAGAAGCAGUAUGGAGGUUCCUCACCAACGCUGACAACGAAGUGCACAAACAACUUAUUUUUAACAGCUUGACGAGUCUGAGAAGUGAACUGGAGCACAACAAGGAGCUUUUUAUAAAGUUUGAGGAGUAUUCUGUACGAGCAGAUGCUCUGCUGGAAAUGGCGGCAGAUAUUCAGCUCGGUCCGAAGAAUCAGGGUCUUCUUGUAGAGCAGGCUCAGUCCACCAGGGAAGCAGUCGCAAAACUGGAGAAGCGCCUCGAAGAGAAUUUUGUUCUGCUGCAGAAGAUGUUUACGCAGUGGGAGCGCUUCAGCAGUGAAUCAGAGGCUCUCUCUCAGUGGAUCAAUGAGAGAGAGAAGGAGCUGGAGGCUGUCUGCUUCAAAUCCUCCUCAGAUCCUUUAGACAAACACAUUAGCACAGUGGAGAUGGGUGAAGGUUUGGCAGAGAGAAGGGCAGCUCUAGCCCAGAUGGAGGCUGACUCCGAGACCCUGUCCAGGUUUGUGACCCCGGGAGAGGCCGGGCAUGUCCGUGCACGACUUGUCCAAACAAGGCGACGCUUUGACGAGCUUAUGGAGAGAACGGAACAGCUUGGCGAGCAGCUCAAUCUGAGCGCCUCCUACAGACAAAGAUGCAACAAUAACCUUGACCAGGUCAAGAAAGUAUUUAGUGAUCUCAAAGGAAAACUGGACUUUCCAAUCUCUUAUUGCACUUCAUCAUCAGAGACUUACAAGAUCCUCCAGGAUCACAUGGAGGUUUGCCAGGGGAUUGAGCAGCUGAAACCGCGGCUGAUGGCGCUGGGUUCAGCCGCAAAAAGGCUCGGAGAGGGCGGCCAGUUGGAAGAGGAGGUGGCUGACCUCCAGAGGCAACAGAGGCAGCUUGUUGGAAAGGCGGCAGACAAGCAAUCCUCAUUAGAGAGCCUUCUAGCUCUAUGGCAAAGAUAUGAAAAAGAAACUGCAUCAAUGAAAGGUUGGCUGGGCAGAUGUGAAUCAUUGUGCUGCCCAGAUACUGAACUGCUCUCUGCAGAUAAAGUGAAACUUAGGCAUGAGCUACAACAUGUGCAGGGAAUGCACGGGGAGGCUCCGACCUAUGAGGUGCUCCUCCAGGGUCUCGCAAAUCUCCAGCUUUGCCUGAACGCCACAGCACCUGAAGCUCGUGUCCAAGAGCUCAGUGAUGACUUUGCUCAACUCAAGGAGAGAUACACGUCUGUGAAAAGUAGCAUAGGACGCAGAUGUAAGCUGCUGGAGAUGCACUUAGAUCAGGUGGAGCAGUUCUAUCAAACCCUUCUUCUUUUGACAGAAAGGAGUGAAAACUUCCUGUCUGACCUGAGAAGCUCCUCCUCUGUUGAUAUUUCUAACCUUGAGGCUGCAGUUACUGAAUUAAAGGAGCACGAGGCACGGCUAGAAGAAGAUGCGUCGCUGGUAGAAACGCUGCAUCAGAGAGAGUCCGGCCUUGUGUGCCGUUUCACCCCUGAGGCUCGACAGCAGCUGGAGGCCUGGAGGGAGGACUGCUUGCAGCCCCUCAGCGAAUCCCAGCGUCUCCUCCUCGUGCGUAAAAUGUUUCUGACUGAGUUAAAGGUUUUCCUCGAGAAGUAUGAGACAGUGGCAAAGGCUGUGUGCCACCUCCGCGAGGCAGUGGAGGGCAGGGGGAGCUGGGACCACUCCAAAGCUGAAGAACUGCAUUGUGGGAUAGUGGAUGUGACUAAAGACGUGGCCCGCCUUGAGGCUGAGGCGGUUGGGCUGGAUGGACAGCUAAGCAAGGCUCAUCUGCACCUUUGUGGAGCAGAGCUGACGGACUCUGAAGACAACAGUUGUCCUCAGGGUAGGACGUCCUGCAGAGGACAAGCAGUGGUCCUCACCAUGGCUCUUGAGGGAGUACAGCGGGCUGUUGGAUGGAGGCAAAGUGAAGCAGAUGCUUUAGGGGUGUUGUGGUGCUCUUUCAGAGAGAGAAAGGAAGAGGUGAUGAAGAGUUUGAAGAAACUAGAAGAUGAUGGAAGUCAAGAGGAGGCCAGAGAGUUCACUGUGCAGGCCUUUCAAAGCAGGCUGCGUUUCUUUGUCCAGCUGGAGGAUGAGCUCCAGUCCCUGCAGCACUCCCAGCGAUGGUUGGAGGAGAAAGGAACGCAGCUGGCGCAGAAAGACAGUGAGCUGGCAGCUGAAGCUCUCAGGGAGGUGACACUGGUGAAGACAGCCUGGGACAAUGUGAAGACGUUGAUAACCAACAGUCAGGAACAGAGCGGAGUUGUGGUGGAUCUUCUUCGCUUGAUGCUCCACUUGAAGUCGGUCCUGACUGCCGUCGUGGAAAACGCUCAGGCUGUCGCUCACAAUCUGCCCGACCAUAAUCAUAACGCUCAGGAUGCUAGAAGUGCUUUCACACAACAUGAAAUCGUCCAUGCUGAACUGAGAGAGAAACAAGAGGACAUGGACCAGCUCAUCAGCACAGUCGAGGACCUGCAGAGAGAAUUGGAGAAGGUUCCUAACUCUAAGAUGUUCUCCAUCCAGGCGGAAAUGGAGGCUCUCAGGGACCAGUGGCUGCUGGUUUCAGAGAAAAUACAAACAAACACAGAAAGACUUGGCUACUGUGCUGAACUCUGGGAUGACCUGAAGGCCCUGGAGCGUGACAUCAACCAGUGGACGGCCGCCUCCGUCACUGAUCUCACCGGCUCCGUCGCCAGACUUGGUGACGUGGAGUCGGCAGAGGCUCUUCUCGCCAUCUUUCAGGCUGAGUUGGAAAAGCGGGAGCAGAGGUUCAAUGUCGUGCAGGCGAGGGUGGCCGAACUGAAAGAACGAGCCAAACUGCAGGAGACGCCUAUACAAAUGCAGGUUCUGGAGUCGGAUCUGAGGAAGAAAAUGUUCCACGCGCAGGAGGCGUUCAACCAGGCCAAACACACGCUGACCUACUUCAACUUCCAGAAGCAGCGACUUGAGGACCUCAUGUCCCAAAUGGCUGAGCGGCUGGAGGGUGUUGAAGGUUCCAUAUCAGACCUCUCCGAAGCUUCUUCAUUAGAACAUAUUCAAACUGUGAAGGACCUGCAGGUUGUUGUGCAGCAACAGAGGGCAGACAUGGACUCAGCUAGAGAUGUCCUGACCUCCCUCAGCAGAUCACAGCCAUCUCAGGAGUUGUCCCGCCUCUCCUCUGACCUCACCUCCAUCGCCAAGCGAACAGAGGCCGUUGCUCAACGCUGUGCAAAGACCAGGAGCAGCCUGCAGGACGGACUACAGCUCCAUUUCAACGAGCUCGUCCAAGACUUUAAGUCCUGGCUCGCGGACCUGAAGUUGGAGCUGAAAGACUGUUUUAAUCAAUCAGGGGAUGUUGCCAUCCUCGGAGCCAAGUUGCAAAGACUGAAGCUGUCAGCUGAGCAGACAUCUGAGGGAGAGGAGCGUCUCUCUCAGGUCUGUAAGGAGGCUGAAAACCUUCAGCUUCACCUGAGCAAAGCUGGAGCAGCACAGGUCCAAGAGAAUUGCUCCUCAUGUCAGAAAGAGUGGAAGAACUACCUGGAUAGCCGCUGUCAGAGCCAGCAAUACUUGCAAGAAAGCAUUGACCUCCUAAAGAAGUAA